GUGUGUACAUUGGCAAACCCAAAUUCCAUUGCUUCCUUAGCUCCUCGUCGUCUCCUUCGCUCUCGUGUUUUGACGUUUGAUCAUCAUAGUCGGUUCAUCCGAUCACAGCUCUCUCAGUUUACUUGUCAUCCAAGGGUUUUAGAUAAAAUAUCAAAAUGCCGGCGACAGCAGGAAGAGUUCGCAUGCCGGCGAACAAUCGGGUGCACAGUAGUGCUGCCCUACAGACCCAUGGUAUCUGGCAAAGUGCAAUUGGGUAUGACCCAUAUGCACCCAACAAGGAUGAUUCGAAGAAGUCUGCGCCAAAAUCUGCUGGAUCUGCUGCCGAGCCUGAUAAUCCCUAUGCCAAUUUUCAGGGUUUGCUUGCGCUUGCUAGGAUCACUGGUUCUAAUGCUGAUGAGGCUCGUGGGGCGUGCAAGAAGUGUGGGCGAGUUGGGCACCUAACAUAUCAGUGUAGAAAUUUCUUGAGUGUUAAGGAGGACAGUGGUAAAGAUAAAGAUGAGGAGGGAAUUGAGGCAGCAGUUUUGUCUAGGUUGGAGAAGUGGAAGGGGAAGAAGGCUACUGCUGAGAGUGAGGAGAGUAGUGAGGAAGAGGAGAGUGAGAGUUCAGAUUCAGAGUACGACUCUGAAAUGGAAAGAGCAAUUGCUGAGAAGUAUGGGAAGAACUCAAAGAAGGUUAGUCGUAAGGUGAAGUCAUCUGGAAAGAGCAAGAAUGAUGGUUUGGAUGAUGAUGACUCAGAUUCUGCAGAAAGGAAAAAGAGGGGAAGGUCAAAGAAAAGGAGAAGUGGUAAGAGGGGGCACGAGGAUUCUGAAGAGGAGAAUGAAGAAAAGGACCGUAGGAAAAGAAGGAAAGAGAAGAGGAGGAGAAGGGAUGAGUCAUCGGAUGAUGAUGAAGAACGCCACAGGAGGAAAAGGAAAAGUAGGAAGGAGAAGAGGAGGAGGAGAAGCCAUCGACAUCCGAGCGACUCAGAUGAAUCAAGUGAUGAUUCCCCCCCUCGACGUAAGAGAAGGAGCAGGAGGUCUGGUACAUCAUCUGACUCGGAUGCUUGCAGUUCAGAUGAUUUACGAGUUGGUAGGGAUAAGAAGCGAUCUGAGAAGAGGAGCAGGAACUGUCAUGAUGAUGACUGAUGCACUUAUGGAGAAUUGGAGAUGUGUCCUGUGAGAGUAAGAGGUCCAUUCAAUUAUAUGGAACUGUAUUAUUUCUCUUUAAUUUUCAGUUCUGAUCCUUUUGGGUGUUGGUGAACGGGAUGGUGGUAUAAUAAUCUGUUCCAGCUUAAAAUGGAGGUCCUUAACAGGAAAAUGCUUGGUAGAGAAGUGGUUUCUGCUUUAUGGUCUAAUGUUUACUUGUAAUGGCAUCUUAGCCUAUGUUUCCUUUAUCUUAAAAAAAAACUCUCUACAUCUUAUAUAGUUAUGUCUCUAUGCCCUCCUAAAUCUAUUAGAACUCCAUCUUUUGGUUGCAACGUUGUGUGGAAUGUAUUAAGAAGCUUGGUUGUUGAAAUUUGUCUUUAUACCUGGUAUUAAUGGAACUCUGUUACUUUCUCUUCAAUUCAA